GUUUCCAAAUGACUAUCAUUUCUUUCCAUUUUCCAUAUUAUUGAAAAGAUGUAGAAGCAUUUGGUGGAAGUUUAGUUUCCGAAAGUCUGUUGACAUCAACAGUAUUGUACCAGGGAUGAAUUUGACCAAAUAGGUUUAUGUAGAGGUAACAUCAGAACAAAAUUUGACCUUGGAGGCUGUACUGAAUCCAUUUCGAGAGAAACAUAGUUGCAUGAUUUUUUUAUUCUUAUAGCAUUAUAUUAUAUUAUUCUGGAUAAAGGAUGUCACUGCUAAUACAGUAUAUAAAAUAAAUAACAACUGAGCAAAUAAUUUAGCUAAUGAACUUAUCAUCUUUGCCUCACAGGAUAUCCAUAACCACAGAACAGUUUCAGAUGGUCUUGCUAUUUGUUCUAGAUGACGUUUUUCUUUUAGGUUAGCCUGUGCCACCACAGACUGCAAAUGGUUUUGCAGUGAACUUGACAGUGUCAAAUAUUACACAAUAGGGCUGGUUACAGCUAAUAUCACAAUAAGAGAGGUUGCAACAAAUAAUAUUGCCUUGCGUAUUUUCAGGCUUAAUUGUGUGUGCUCAGGUAGUUACAACUGCCCAGCUGACAGGUAGUAACUUAAGUCAUACUGACUGGAUUUCAGUCCAAAUCAUUAAAUGUGAUUGAUUAAGUAAAUUAUAUAUGCAUUUAGCUGUUUUACUAUGCUCAGUGAGCCAGAAAGCAUACGCAAUACUCAUAGGUGGUGCAUUACACAAGUAUUUGCCCUAUGGUGUGUGGUUCCAAAUCCAAACACUUUCAAAACUGGUUAAAGUUUUGAUUCUGAACUGAAUUUGUUAGGGUCAUAUCCAUAGUUUUUAAAAGUAGCUAGAUGUCUAAAGCUCCACAUAUGUAGCUAGGGUGGUUUCUCAGGAAAUUGUCAGAAGUUAGAACCUAGGUGGUCAUCUGCAUCAUGAGGAGGAAAAAUGUGAUGCCUGGUGAUAGCCAGGUGCCCAAACAAGACACUUGAGAGUGAAUUUGCUCAAAACUCAGAUUUCUGAACUGGGGAACUUAGAAUGGAAAUCCUCCACAAUUAUUAGAUUCUUUGGGAAAACAACAACAACAAAAUGAGCUCUUGAAGAAUUUUCAGAGUUAUAAAGAUUUCCCUGUCCUUCCAAGUUCAGGUCAGUAUUGUAACUCUUUUGAUUUCAGUGUGAACAGGACUAAGGCCUUUUCUACUUACAGGAAAACAUCAUGAAAUGUGAGUGUUUCUUAAUCUUGAGAGGCUUAUGAAGUGCUGUGGUGUAAUAAGCAGAAGGUGAGGCUAUAGACAAUUUAGCCAUGAAAUAAACUAGUAGAAAAUCUGUAGAGACUUGCUGUCUUCAAAUAUUUUAAGUAGCAAAGCACAGCAUAGUCUAUCCAAUCAUAAAUCAGUUCAGCUUCCUUUCCAUUGUGCCUGGAUAAUCACAGACAGAUUUAUGCUAACAAAAGCUGAAGCUGUCCCAGUUUGGAAUUACCAGUAGUUGAGGCACUACCAUAGUUAAAUGUGCAACAAAAAGACAUCAAAAAAGAUGUGCUGUAGCUUGUGAUAUGGGACCUGACUGAGUACAGGGGCUUUGUAUAGAGAGUAUGAGAGUGACAACUGAGAAAGAGAAACUUUCCUGACAAAUAACUUUGUGGUGUGGAGUUCACAUCCUCACUAAAAAGCUUUUAGAGGGAUGUUCCAGAACAGGAUGGAAACCACAACAGUUUGUGCCACGUUAUACAUCCAUGGUGUAGUUCUCUCAAAGGGACCAUAUAUACAAACUCUGUCUCUGUGGCUCUCCUUUUGUGAGCUUUAGGGAUUUCACAGCAUGCUAAAAGCCCAGAAAUUUGCUAUCUCCUUUCCAAGCCAGACAAUGGGUCUGUGGCCUCACCAACAAUGUAUGACUGCAGAAGUGCUGGCUAAAGCCCAUCUCCAGUUUGGACUGGGAAGAGUUGGAUCCUGUUGUUUUGACUUUUAUUCUAAUGUUUAUAUCCUUUUCACACAGCUUUCCUUAUGACUGGCUUUUAUUUGGCCCUCAAGCUUAACAUUUGGAACUUCUAUUGAAUGUUUUUUUUUGGCAUCUCAGAAAAUUAUGUUGAUUCUUGCAAUAAACAUCUUUCUUUUGUGUUUUGUUUCAUUUUCUAUUCUAUUCUAUAUGAGCUUUUAUCCAGUAGCUCAUCAAACGAACUGAAUCAAUUAAAGCAACCAAGUAACUAACAUCUGCUAUGUGUUUGCUUCCUUUCUUAUACUCUCUCCAGGGCAAAAAGUGUGUGCUUCGGAAUAGUUAGCAGUCUAUUAUGGUAUAUAUGAAUACUUGUUGUUUACAGAAGGCAAGAUCAAAGAAGCUGAUGAUAUACUUCAAGUUGAGAGUUGCAAAGUUUAUGGAAGCUCUGCGUUAGGAUGUUCAUGAUGCAGGCUUUGGCACUCCAGGAAAGCAUCAUUACAAGCUGAGCACAGUUUUACCCUUGAAUAAAAAAGUCCACUGUGUAUCCACAGUUAUUUGCUAAGGCAAAAUUUUUGUGGAAGUUCCUUUUCUGGAAGCUUCUGUUUCUAGAAAUGACAAUUCAACACCAGCUUCUCAGCACUACCUUAGUGGUUGUAUCCAUGCCGUGGCAGAAUAGGAAGAGCUUCUGGAACUGACCAAGGUCGUGAGAGGGUUGGGACACUCCAGGUUCAAUGUAAUCUCAUUGGGCACCAGCAGUGGAACUGUUCUGUUCAAAAUGGUUUACGGUGAAUUUUUCCGCAGACCUGGCAAAGAUGCAGAACUUAUCAAUUUGAAUGUGGGUGGCUUUAAGCAAUCAGUGGAUCAAAGCACUUUGCUCCGGUUUCCUCAUACCAGACUUGGGAAACUUCUCAAAUGCCAUUCAGAAGAGGCUAUUCUGGAACUAUGUGAUGAUUAUAGUGUUGCAGAUAAGGAAUAUUACUUUGACAGGAACCCUUCCUUGUUCCAAUAUGUUCUGAAUUUUUACUACACUGGGAAACUUCAUGUCAUGGAGGAGCUUUGUGUCUUUUCCUUCUGCCAGGAAAUAGAAUACUGGGGGAUAAAUGAGCUGUUUAUUGAUUCCUGCUGCAGCAAUCGGUACCAGGAAAGGAAAGAGGAAGGUCCCGAGAAAGACUGGGAUCAGAAAAGCAAUGACAGAAGCAUUGACUCCUCUAAUGAAGAAUCAUCCAUAUUUGAUAAGGAGUUGGAAAAGUUUGAUAAUCUGUGCUUUGGUGAAAUAAGAAAGAAGAUCUGGGUCAGAAUGGAAAAUCCUGCAUACUGCUUGUCUGCCAAAUUAAUUGCCGUGUCCUCCCUAAGUGUUGUCCUGGCGUCAAUCGUGGCAAUGUGCAUUCACAGCAUGCCCGAGUUUCAGAGGCUGGAUGCCAAUGACAGGGAGAUUGAAGACCCUGUGCUGGAAGCUGUGGAGAUUGCGUGCAUCAUCUGGUUCACUGCUGAGCUAGUGAUCAGACUCAUCACUGCCCCAAGUCAAAAGAAGUUCUGGAAGAAACCACUGAAUAUCAUUGAUUUUGUCUCUAUUAUCCCAUUUUAUGCCACCUUAGCUGUGGACACGAAGGAAGAAGAAAGUGAAGAUAUUGAAAACAUGGGGAAAGUGGUUCAGAUCCUGAGGUUAAUGAGGAUAUUUCGCAUCCUGAAACUGGCCAGGCACUCUGUAGGACUGCGGUCUUUAGGUGCUACUUUGAGACACAGCUACCAGGAAGUUGGACUUCUCCUUUUGUUUUUGUCUGUUGGGAUUUCUAUUUUUUCAGUUCUUGUCUACUCAGUGGAGAAGGAUGACGACUCAUCAGAACUGCACAGCAUCCCUGUUUGCUGGUGGUGGGCAACCAUCAGCAUGACCACUGUUGGUUAUGGGGACACUUACCCAGUCACGCUUGCUGGAAAGCUGCUCGGCACCCUAUGCAUUAUCUGUGGGAUAUUAGUGGUAGCACUUCCAAUCACCAUUAUUUUCAAUAAGUUUUCUAAGUACUAUCAAAAGCAAAAAGAUAUUGAUCCAGACCAAUGCAACAAUGAUCGCAAAGAGAAAUGUAAUGACCUACCUUAUUUUAACAUUAGGGAUAUUUAUGCGAAAAAGAUGCACUCAUUCAUUUCUAGCCUUUCUUCAGUAGGAAUUGUAGUCAGUGACCAAGAUUCAACAGAUGCCUCCAGCAUUCAAGAUAUGGAGGAUGUUUAUAACACAACAUCUUUAGAUAAUGGUACAGGAAAAUGAGUUGAAUCACUUUCUCUUUCCUUUAUUUCUCACUUCUAAUCCUUGGUAAAUGUUGACUUAGAAACUUCAGUGAAUUUAUUAAGAGCAGUUAAUUCUCAGGGUACUUAACUCUCAGCCAUAUUUGGACAUUCUUUGCUCUGAGGAUGCCAUACAGGCUUCAUUGUUUAUAUGAGGCUUUAAAAUAUGCCUCAUAUGGUGGUUUAGCUUUUACACAACUAAUGAUAUGCAUCUUGGGGA